CCCGGCCCCGGCCCGAUGCUGCCGCUCCGAGCGUGGCUUCGCAGCAGCGCCCCCGGCUCCAGCCCCGGGGCGGGUCCCCACAGCCGCUUGGAGCAGCUGGUGCGGGACACGCAGAGGCACCUGGAGGAGAUGGAGCGAAUGAGACACUCCCUCCUUCCGGCGUCUCCCCUUCUCCGCGGGGGCGGCCAGGGGAGGGCGGCGCCAAGGCGGAGCCGCCGGGCCCUGGCCGAGGGUGCUGGGGAGGAGCCCGGCUCCCAGGCGCCGGGGAAGGAGAAGUACCAGGUCUCCAUGGACGUGAGCAGCUUCUCCCCAGCUGAGCUGAUGGUGAGACGGGCCGGGAGGAAGCUGACGGUGACGGAGGCUGGAGCCUGCUCCCACGAGUACCGAGAGAUCCGCAGAGAAACUCUCCUGCCGGAAGCCGUGAACGUGCAGGCCCUGCUCUGCUCCCUGUCCCAGGAUGGGCAGCUCUGCAUCGCGGCGCCACAUCUGGCCCUGCCAGCUGCCGAAGGGAGAGCCCUUCCCAUCAGCGUCUGCCAGGGGGUGAAGGCCGGAGAAGGAAGCCUGGCCACGGAGGGAAAGGAGCCGGGGAGCGGCGAGACGGAGAGAGCGAGGGGCCCAGCCCCUGAGAUUCCUGAAACCAACAACGAAGUCUCAUAACUAUGGGAUUUCCCGGCCAGGCCUUUCACAGUUCACUCCAGCAGUGCUGGAACAAUUUCUAUAGUGGUGGUAUUAAAGGCCAUUGAAUCAAACUGUAACCCCCUGUACAUGCUGGAAACCCCUUCACGCCAGGGGGUGCGGUAGCACCCCUAGUUCCAGCACGUCUGAUUUACUCCAUGUGGUUCACUCUGUGAGACAUGACCGUGAAACCUUUCCUGCUUGCUCAUUAUUGAUGUCUGACAUUCAUAACGUUACUAGUCGUUACUGUGAAAAAUAUUAAUGUCAGAACUGUAAAUAGCAGCUGGGUUGCUGGGUGCUGUUUGUCAGUGUAACUGCUGCAAAUAAACUCAUCUCUUCGGCCUCUU